AUGGAAUUAAACCCUGAGAAGGUGAAAGAGAUAACCUUACCUGAAGACAAGAAACGGCAUAAUAUUCCAGAUCAGGAAAGAAUACAAAUCAGUGAGAGUUCAAGGAUGGUCUUCAGUGGCCAGGACCUGGAUGUCUGUCCCUCACUGCCUUCACUUUCCUUCAGGGGCAAAGUCGGAGUUUCUAAGGUAAAGCUUCAAAGAUCACAAAGUUUUGGUGUUGCAAAUGCAAGUAGCAUCAAACAGAUCCUCCUGGAAUGGUGUCGCUCCAAGACCAUCGGAUACAAGCUGAUCGACAUCCAGAACUUCUCAUCAAGUUGGAGCAAUGGGUUGGCCUUCUGUGCUCUCGUCCACUCGUUCUUCCCAGAAGCCUUUGACUACAACGAGCUCAGCCCCAAUAACCGCAAGCAGAACUUUGAACUCGCGUUUGGUACGGCAGAGAAGUUGGCUCAUUGUGACAGGUUGAUUGAAGUGGAGGACAUGAUGAUGAUGGGGAACAAACCAGAUCCAAUGUGCGUGUUCACCUAUGUCCAGUCCCUCUACAACCACCUACGACGCUUCGAGUAAACCUCACCUCAACAGGACUGGGGCUGGAGAUGUACGCUAUGCCCAGUGCUUCAUCCACACCCGUCCUGGCAUCAUUCCCGGGGUGGGGUGGGGGGUAUGUGGGAAGGUCAGCCACAACGUCUCCCAGUAAACAUGGAGCAGAGACACCAUCAGCAAAUGCAAACCACACAAUUAUCAGUGCUCACAGCAGAUUUAUAAUGGGCACUGAUGCAGAUGUAGCAGCUUACUUAAGAUUCAAAUAAAAGAUCUCACUUGUGUUAUUGAA